CCCUAUGGGGUGUGUAUGAGUUGUUAAUGAUGAGGCUCAUCUUAUUUUUCUCUUAUAUUCCUAUAAAUAGUAUGUCUGCAUUUGGAGUACUGGGCUUGCUUGAGGGACAUGUGAGGGAAUUUGAUGACGGGGGGUGCUGAAUGGGCGUCACGUUUGAAAAGAACGGAACCCGGCUUUGGACUCGCCGUGGCCCACGCGCGUACUCGUUGCGCCCUAACUCAGUGGCGCAAUAGUCGCCUUUCUUUCAUUGACAUAGGAAAGUGUCAAGGUGAACUCCCCUUCUCUCUUCAACUUCCAUCCAUGGUGGAUGCAAGUUUACCGGAUUCCUUAUCGGUUCUAAAAUCUGCUUCGCUGGAGCAUUCACCCUCCCUUCUGCCAGAAUAUAUGUACUCAAGAGGUUACAGCUAACAACUGAAUACAGAUGCUAGUGCACUGUGUCUCUGGUUUGCAAUAGAGGCAUAGGGCUCACAGCUCGAAAUCCCAAAAAUUGGUUGUGUGGGAAAUCCCAUAAC